AUGUCAACCCUUGCACGCACGGAUGAUUCAAGAAAUCAAAUUGCAACCAGUGUAUAUCUAAGCACAAAAUGGCAUGGAUGGAGAAAACCCACGAUACAGCGAUGUACUGACAAAGACAUGUCCAAUUUUAAAACAUGGGUACAUGUACUAAUGGAUCAUGGUGGUCGGGUCGGCUUUAAGAACGUGACUUUGUACUUUCAUCGUAAACAAACCCAACAAGUUUUUAUUGAUGUCUUAGAAGAACCAUCCGUUCUGUCAACAGCAACAGAGAAAAGAAAGUGCAACACUGACAAUGCAACUGUUCCAUACUUUCCUGCAUAUACAUGUAUAGUAGAAAUCCUUUGUAACCGGUCUUCGAAAUUACCGAAUGUAAUAACACCUUCUUACGACCGUCUUUCGACAGAAUCUAAGGCAGUUUGUGAAAUCUGUGGAUGUUUAAUUGAUUUCAGCUUUUGUCAAGUCUGUGUAUACAAUGAAAAUGUCACGCAUAGUAAGGACACAGAGGAGUACAGAAUAAAAUACAACUCUUUACUGUUAGGUAUUGCGAUGUUUCUUAUGUUUAGUUUGUCAACACUGAGAGUAUUGCAGCGUAAAUUUAGGGUCAAGAUCUUGUAA